GAGAACCCCUCUUUCUCAUCGUCCGAGAGACUCACUCCUUCCCCUGUAUCAUUGAUGACACGCCAGCCAUAUAUCAGUCCGGCGACGUCCAGUAACCCUUCGAAACAGCCCACCACUGACGCCAUUGUAGUGUUGCCCUCUACGCUGGUGCGAUUUAGCGUGCUGGAGGUAGUCGAGUUGGAUGUUGCACGUUUGGAGACUGAAAUCAAUUCAUUUUUCACGCAGGUACUGUCCUCCAAUGCUAACUCGCAAAAUUCAUUCGAAAUCGUCCAAUUGCAAAUCGAAACAACCUAUGAUCGCAUAAGUGGCAGAGCCAGUGCCCUCAUUACAGGACAAUCCAAAUAUCGAGGCCGAGAUUUUCCGACCGAAGAUGACUUGGAACUAUCAUUAAUAUCGUACUUCAGCUUUUGGGGCGCCGACGACCUGAAAGCUCAUUUUGCACACUCGAAUAUUUCGAUCUCAGAGAUUGAUGUGGACAUAUCUGGUCAAGCCGUAAUGGGCAUUCAGACCGGGGAACGCUCCUCUGACGGAAACGGAAACGUCGGAAUGCUUUCUGGUGCUGCGGCAGGAGUGGCAGCUGUUGGUCUAGCUUUGGCGUUUCUCCUUGCCCGGAGCAGUCGACAAUGUUCUGCUAACAAGGGAGAGAAGACGAUUUCUACCGUAGAAGCAAGCCCCGAACAAGAUGCUCAGCUUACUCCACCUCGGACCUUUUGUGCUGACGAAAUGGGAACAUUGUCGUCCCAGCGCAGUUCUCCGCAAGCUGAUCCAUUCGAGAGGUCGGAAACACCCCCCAUCGAAGGUACUCUCUCUCAACGUACGAUAAAUCGUGGAGGUUUCGGUGACGACCGGUCGCUAGCGGACUCGGUUGAUACGAAUGACUUGCGUUCCUACGCAGGCUUGGUUUCGGUUGCGGACCUGUCGGUGUUUACCUUUCAACAUUGA